AUGGUCAGCUCCUGUUGUGGCUCUGUCUGCUCUGAGGAGGGCUGUGGCCAAGGCUGCUGCCAGCCCAGCUGCUGCCAGACUACCUGCUGUAGGACCACCUGCUGCAGGCCCAGCUGCUGUGUGUCCAGCUGCUGCAGGCCCCAGUGCUGCCAGUCUGUGUGCUGCCAGCCCACCUGCUGUCGCCCCAGCUGCUGUAUUUCUAGCUGCUGCAGGCCUUCCUGCUGCCGCCCAAGCUGCUGUGUGUCUAGCUGCUGCAGGCCCUCUUGCUGCACCUCUGGCUGCUGCCGCCCCACCUGUUGCAUUUCUAGUUGUUGCAGGCCUUCUUGCUGCCGCCCCAGCUGCUGUGUGUCCAGCUGCUGCAGGCCCCAGUGCUGCCAUUCCAGCUGUUGUGGAUCUAGCUGCUGCCGUCCCACCUGUUGCAUUUCCAGCUGCUGCAGGCCCAGCUGCUGUGUGUCCAGCUGCUGCAGGCCUAGCUGCUGUGUGUCCAGCUGCUGCAGGCCCCAGUGCUGCAUCUCCAGCUGUUGCCGCCCCACCUGUUGCCAGACCACCUGCUGCAGGACCACCUGCUGCCGCCCAGCAUGCUCUAGUGGUUCUUGCUGCUGA